AUGGGUUCUCAUUCAUGGCUUCCUAUGUUCAUAGUUGCUACAACUCUCGCCGCAAUUUGCAGAACAGCUGAGUCAGCAUAUGAAGCUGAUAAGAUUGUGAAGCUGCCAGGGCAGCCACAGGUUAGCUUCCAGCAGUAUGCAGGCUAUGUCGCUGUUGAUGAAAACCAGCAGAGGGAACUUUUCUAUUACUUUGUCGAAGCUGCGACCAACUCCAGUUCCAAGCCUCUUGUUUUGUGGCUCAAUGGAGGACCUGGGUGCUCUUCAGUUGGAGCUGGAGCUUUCUCCGAACACGGUCCUUUUCAGCCAAAUGCAGCAGGGGCUCUGGUCAAUAAUGAAUACAGUUGGAACAAAGAAGCAAACAUGCUGUACUUGGAAUCCCCAGCAGGAGUUGGCUUCUCGUAUUCUGCCAACAGCUCUUUCUACAAGAUGGUUAAUGACUCCAUAACAGCAAAAGACAACUUGGCCUUCCUGCAAAAAUGGCUAGUCAAGUUUCCGGAAUACAACACCAGAGAUCUUUUCAUCGCUGGAGAAAGCUAUGCUGGACACUACGUCCCGCAGCUAGCCCAGCUAAUUGUGGAGUCAGGAUCAAAUGUCAACUUGAAAGGCAUAGCUAUAGGGAACCCAUUGUUGGAGUUCAACACAGAUUUCAACGGGAAAGGAAGUUACUACUGGUCUCACAGCUUGAUAUCGGACCAUACUUAUCACCUUGUAAAAACAAUGUGCAACUUCUCCCAGAUCACGAGAGAAAGCUUGCUGCGGCCGAGCAACUUGUCCAAGCCGUGUGAAUUCGUUGCAACUCAAAUAAGAUCAGAAUCGCCCAGUAAAAACUUCGAUAGCUAUGAUGUCACUUCUGAUGUCUGUUUGUCAGAUGGUGAAUCACAGUUGGGUUCCCAAAAACAGCACUCAUUAGCUUCUAGCUUCCAUCCCAUUUCGUCCCUUAAAUCCAAACAAAGUGCUCCCAGAAAGCAGGAAGCUGGCGGGCAGUCGAUAGACCUUUGUGUACAAGAUGAGACAUCUACGUAUUUGAACAGGAAAGAUGUACAAGAAGCUAUGCAUGCCAAGCUUGUUGGCGUCACCAGCUGGGGUUUCUGCAGCGAUGUGGUGAACUAUGACCACAGAAAUCUGGAGAUUCCAACAAUUGGGGUGGUGGGUUCAUUGCUGGGUUCAGGGAUUCGAGUACUAGUCUACAGUGGGGAUCAAGAUUCGGUUUUGCCAUUCAUUGGAACGAGGAUUCUGGUGAAUCGUUUGGCAACAGGGAUGGGGUUGAAUACAACCGUGCCAUACAAGGCAUGGUUUGAUUUUGACAAACAGGUGGGUGGAUGGACCCAAGUUUAUGGGAAGAACAAUAAGUUGUCAUUUGCAACCAUCAGAGGAGCCUCCCACAUGGCUCCAUUCUCCUCUCCCAAGAGGUCACUCGCGUUAUUUGCAGCAUUUGUUGCUGGGAGACCAUUGACAGCUUGA